AUGGACAUCCUUAUGAAUCAAACUACAAGGAAUGGCUUAAGUUUUUCAGGAGUUGAGGAUUAUUCUGUUGUUGAGGUGGAAGAAGACAGGAAUGAAUGGGGCGACAUCGCAAACAGUAACUUAGUCUUGGGGCUCUAUGGUGUCAUAUGCGUGCUUGGAAUCACUGGUAACCUUCUGGUUGCCUUUGUACUCAUCCGUGUGCCGUCUUUGAGGUCGAACACCAGUGAUUUCAUGGUGCACUUAUCAUUGGCUGACUUCAUCGUGUGUGUGAUGGUCAUCCCCUUCAAGCUGGUUCAGACCACGGGGAAAUAUCCACCAAACCCGGGGUUCUUGGGCGAGCUCAGAUGCCGUCUGUACGCCGGUCAAUUUCUGUUCUGGGUCGGCACAGUUGUCUCUGUUUACAGCCUGGUCACGGUUAACUUGGAGCGGUUUGUUGCCAUCGUCUACCCACUGAAGUACAAAGUGGUGUUCACAAGACGUGUGAAGUACUACAUGAUUGCGUCUUGUUGGAUCGUUGGCGCGCUUUCUAAGGUGUUUCUCUUCCUGCUCUACGGGGAGGAUGAGGUGGUUGGCUGUCACUUCUUUGGAUGGCCGAGCUCUGCGGUCCAGGCGGUGGUGGGAUUGGCUAACUUCAUGAUGGCUUUGUUCGGUCCAUUUGUGUUGAUGGUGUUGGUGCAAUGGAAGGUGAUUUCGACGUUGAAGAGGCAGGUGAAGAUGUUGAAAAGUCAACUUUCUCACAACCCGGUCGAUCAGCGUAAGAUGUGGCAGCUCCGAGCGUCUCAAACUCUCAUCAGGACCCUCUUAACUUUCGUCAUCACCUUCGCCGUCUGCUGGGCUCCAGUCCAGAGCAUGUUUCUCGUCUACAACUUCGGUGGUCAUUUGGACUUCUCGUCUCCUGCCUAUCACUUUGGUAUUAUCCUCGCUGUGUGUAACUCGUGCAUCAAUCCGAUCUGCUACAUCUUGACGAACCAACCGUUUCGAAAGGGAAUCAGAGAGGCCUUUCGUAGGGGGAGCAAUAUGGCGCGAGUCGCGGACAGUAACACGGUGUCAGUAAGUCUCAGAACUGAGCCAAAGUAAUUUCAAAAAUUAUUGGA